GGCCGCGCCUGGCGCCGCCUCUUCGCCCACGCCUGCCUGCUGCGCGCGCUCUGCCUGUGCCGGGCGCGGGGGGCCUGCGCGGAGGCCCUGCGCGCCUGCGACCUGGGGCUGCUGCUGGGCGCGCCCGGCCCCGAGAUGGCCCGCCUGGCCGCGCUGCUUCAGCGCCUGCUGCCCGCCCCGGACGGCCCGCCCUGCAAGAAGCCGCGCACGGAGCGGCCCCCGGCCCAGGAGGAGGAGGCGGCGGCGGUGCCCCGGGCGCGGCGCCCGUCCCUGCAGCGGUUCCGCGAGCGCUUCCUGCUGCCCGGGGCGCCGCUGGUGCUGGAGGGCGUGGUGGACCACUGGCCCUGCCUGCGCAAGUGGAGCGUGGAUUACCUGCGGCAGUUGGCCGGCAACCGCACCGUCCCGGUGGAGCUGGGUGCUCGCUACACCGACCACGAUUGGUCCCAAAAUCUCAUGACGGUCGCCGAGUUCAUCAGCCGGUUCGUCGAGCAGGAGAAUCCCAAUGGAUACCUUGCUCAGCACCAGCUUUUUGACCAGAUUCCAGAGCUGAAAGAAGAUAUUGGCAUCCCGGACUAUUGUUGCCUGGGCAAAAAUGAUGAAGAGGAGAUUACCAUCAAUGCCUGGUUUGGCCCAUCAGGGACCAUCUCACCUCUUCAUCAGGAUCCACAACAAAAUUUCUUGGUCCAGGUGAUGGGACGCAAAUACAUCCGCCUGUUCUCUCCUGAUCAGUCUGAAAAACUGUAUCCACAUGAAGGGCACCUUCUUCGCAACACCAGCCAGGUUGAUGUGGAAGACCCCGACUUAGUGAAGUUUCCAAAGUUUAAGGCAGCUGCAUUUCAAGAGUGUUUCUUGAACCCUGGAGAGGUCCUGUUUAUCCCGGCCAGUUACUGGCAUUAUGUCCGAGCCCUGGACACCAGCUUCUCUGUUAGCUUCUGGUGGUCCUAGUUUAUGCUGAGAACAGAUCAAGAGGAACCACAGUACAGACCAUUUUGCACAUCACACAUGGGCCAAAACAGAAGAGAAAAAAACAGCUUUAUCCUAAAAUUGGUGAUAUGCUUCAAGAAAAAAAAUAAGGACAUCAGAAUGUCAGGUCAGGACUACCUCCUGCAGAAUCGCCUCCACUUCAUCAGUGCAUUCCAGUAAAGUUUUUGUGAUUGGUCAUCUCAAACCACUUGGAUUAUUCCAAUGAAAGAGAAUCUCUCUAGCUCAGAGUGUAACUGGGGGGUCCUUGGUGCUCUCUGAGGUAGACUGUUUGCUUGCAGACGUUUCCUUACCCGACUAGGGAACAUCAUCAGUGCAGUCUACCACCAUCCUGUCAGUACCUCUCCUUCCAUCCCCCUACCACCACAACUGAUGAAGCUUCUUGAAUGAGAAACAAAAUGUCUUCCUCAAGGAAAAAAACAGUCCAGCUGCAAAAAGCACCUUUGAGUCAAGUAUAACCUGGAUGACUCAGAAUCUCCAUAGACAUCACCAGUGCAACCAACAACCAAGCUCAGAGACCACCCAGGAGCCCUCAUAUGGAUUAUUUAGAACAUAUUCAGGCCACUUCAUAGCACAAAAUACUAGUGAUCCAGGAGCUGCUAAAACUACAGGAGAAGCUAUACGAGGUAGUUCCUCUCCUCCUUGCUCUCCCAAAGAAUUCUCUUUAGCAGAAUUAAUGGAGAGGAAGCAAACAGCGCAUUCUGGUUGAGGGGGAUCUAAAGCUGGACCACCUCAUAGGUGCCAGUGCCUUCAGCAGCUCCAGCUCCAAAAACUAGUACUCUGCCUAAGAGUUUUAAAGGAAAUCUACUAUCCUUGCACUUAGCCACAAAAAACCUUUGCCAAUAUUCCUCAGAAUUCUGUUACUUUUAUCCCUCUAUACCGGUUAGUUUGUGAAACAGAGGAAAGCAUACAAGAAACCCUUAAAUGGUCCAGAAGUUCACAUGCCUCUAGCUUCUAUCCAGACUUUAAUAAGAUCCAUCCUAUGAACAGUCACACGAAUGAGAGAUCGAAGUCCAGCCCCAAGAUAAACUCAAUCAAAUGUAAAGUUAAAACCGGUGUCCAGAAUUUAUCUAUCUUAGCAGAAUCCCUCUACAUCAGUAGCUCCAAUUCAAAUCAAUGACGGUUUCAUUCUCAAAGUGCCACAAAUUAUGUGUUUCCGCUGCCUCUGCCAUGAAUCGGAUGGAGCAGGACGGGGGUCCUCACAAGAACAUGACAAAGGUCACGAUUGACGUAUCUUUGUCUUGCAUGUCAAACCAAGCUCUGAAGGCUAUUUUGCCCAGAGGUGGGAAGACGCCCCUCGUAUCAAUUUGCUGGACAGACCCCCGCAACCUGCAAGCAGCUUGGACUUCUCUACCAGGUCACAGUGCUUUGUAGCCCCCUUAAGUGGUUUACAGAGUCUGCCUAUUGGCCCCAGCAACCUGGUUUUACUGAC